GGAAUCUGCUAAAUACGGCCGAGCCCACCCUCUUUCCCGAUCCCGGAAAGUUCGCGUUGAUCGGAGCUGCUGCCCAGCUUGGCGGCAUUGUCCGCAUGAUCGCCAGCCUCACCGUUAUCCUCAUGGAGGCCAGUGGCAGCAUU